GAAACGGGAAAGCUAAACAUGGAUCUUGGUGGCGUGGAGUCGGUACUAGCUCAAAAUCCAUGCCGAGAAAGGCAGGUGGAGGCAAUUCUAACAGCGAUGGGUCACCCGCUCGGCGGACCGUGCCAAUGCAUCUUUGUCUACGGCCACGCGUCCACCGGCAAGACACGCACCGUGCAGAGUAUCAUGAAAACACUGAACAACAACCCUCCUGGCACAGACCGCAAGUUCUUUGUUAAGGCAAGAGGUCCAGGGACCAAGCGGCAGAAAAAGGCUAACCAGCUGAGCCAGCACUUGCUGGGUCCCAAGCAGUUCCCUCUCAACCGGCUGGUGGCCAUCUUCCAUGCCAUUGUGGACGAACAUGUAGCCCCCUCUGCGGUAACCCUUGCCCAGGUUGAAAGCCUGGUCUCGCUGCGUCUUCUGGCAAGAGUGAGUCGAGAGGAACAGCUGAGCACACCUCGUUACAAGUGCCUCGUUGACCUGGAUUUCAUCCGCGCCGUGGCAAGGACAGUUGCAUUUGACAUUGUGGGGCAUCUGAACGACUUUGCCAGCUGAAAACUCACCAUUCAGCAUGGCAGCUCAAGUUCAAGAAAGCGCCAUUUCUGCCAAGUGCAUCAGUGACAAAACUGCUUUUCUUCUCACUUACACAUUUAGUACACCUUUCAAUGUUUUUCAUCCAGUGCUUCGUGUGAACUCUUAUUUCUUCUGCAAAAAUGCGAACACUUUUGAUUUGUGCUAUCUUCACUCGAAGCCGUUGCUGUUGAAUGCAAUUUUGAAAUGUUUUAUGUAUUUCAGGCUGUUUCUAUAGCAUUGCAAUGUGUGCUGCUACGACAUGCACUUUCUUCGUGUAAGAAGUUGCGGAGUCUCGUAUGCUGUAGGAAGUCUAGAGAAAAAAUUGCUGUAUUAAAGCGGAAGAGAUGAACUUGGGCACUGUAUGUGCAGAGCUUGCUGAUUCCGAUUGAACAAACAGAAACAUCCACAGGAAAAAGGUUUGUAUAAAAACAAAGUUAAAUUGUCUACAUUCAGAGCUGUACGUGUCAGCACCGAUUGAAAAGUGUCUGUCGAACCAGAGCGAUUUAGCAAAGACAGCUAACUCAGAACAGCAGACCUUAUUUUGUGAAUGUCCAACAAGUGUAACAAGGUCUACCAAAGCUCGAUCGAUAGUGGUUGACUUGGGCCUACUUGUUCACAUCUAUGGAAGUGCUGAAUUUACAAACAUUAACUAUUAUUGUAAUGUACAGUUCUGAUAGUUUGGGAAUAACUAUUUAUUAUGAGCUAACUUGUUCCCACCAAGUAAACUAAAAGAUAUGCACUGCAUUCCUGGUAGGAGUUUGAGAAUGGCCGAAUGUCUGCAACCGACGCUUCACUUCUAUUCUUUACUGAAUUGUGAACAGCAAAGGUCAACCGUCACGGCCUUUUCUUGGUUUAUCAGUGCGCAGUUGCCCUCUUGGAGGGCGCACAAACCCGCAUGCAUAGAAUAUUGAUGGUGUGUGUCUUGCAUCAAUACGGUCGAUUCAGCUUGCACUGUGCUUUGGGAACUAGUUCAUCGUAGAUCGACACCCAGAGUUGUUUGCAUAUUGCAGAACAAGGCUUGCUUGUCUCGCAUUGCGUCUUCCACAUUAGACGGGAUGCUUAUUUUGCACAUGGCCAAAUUGCUGCGUAGAGACAAUGCAAUUGAGCAGAAGGGUUGAAAAUUGAGCUUGUUGGUGUGUAUUGAAACUUAUUGUGAGGAGUACAAAACGAUGCGUUAAGAAAACACAUCACAUAGGUGCGGGUUAAUGACCAGAUUUUAUCUGAAAUUACGUAAUCUACUUAUACAGUUGCGCAUCACCUUCUUAGUAUACAUGUUUUUUUUAAAAUAAAAUCUGCACCUACUUCUUAGUCUGUGCCCACGUGAUGUCUUGUGCCAUUGUUUAACGCUCCUCCCAAUAAGUUUCAGAACUAUAAAGCAGCACUAAUGGAAAGAACAGCAGAGUACAUCACCUCCUGAAAUAGAUCUGGCAAAUCGAGUCGACUUAUAAUUUAAAGAAGCAUGGGCAUUAAGCUGGAGAGAAGAAGGCUAAGAAUUGUACCAUUUGUUCUGCGGAAUAACACCAGCCAUCUGAGUGGUAUUAUUGUUGCGGUGUUGUCUACCUUCUUGUUUAUUGUAUGCAGCACUAUAUGAUCUCUCAGUGUUGGUGCUCAUUAGAAAUAUUGCUGUCUCUUUCAUGUUACCUAUGAUAAUUCAUGUAAAAUAUUGUAUAAAGUCUAGAUCCUUGUACUUUUGUUUGCCAUUUGCAAUUAUUUUUGCAUUUCUUGAUGUCUAUUUGAUUAUCAUUGUUUUGUUGCACGCUUGUUGCUUUCUACCUUUUAUAGUGUAUGCCUAAAUUAAGUAAUGAAGACAGGCAGCUGUCGAAUACCUUACAUUGUGUGCUAGCAAGGAGAUAGCAAACCCAGUAUCUUCUUGCGUUUUUCAGGGCCAGACCUACCAUGUAAAUAAAAAGGUUAUGUUUCAGGAAUAAUGACUGCGUUCUUUAUUGAACUGAGUUACUUAUUUGGAAGCAGGAAUUGAUGUAGCAUUCUCUAUGACAUCACAAUACCUGCCAUAACCCACAUCAAAACUCAUUUUUGUUUUCUUGGUCAUUCUUAUGCU